AUGACACCAACUUUCGACACCCCUCUUUUACCCCGUUAUGUCGAUUCCGGCUCCCUCAAACUUUUAUCAGUCAUAGGAACAGGAGCGUACGGUGUCGUUUAUCUCGCCGAAGAUACGGAAAACGAUCAACGGAUACCUAUAAAACGAGCGGUGAAAGCAUUACAAUGUAAUGGAUUGGAUGAAAGACAAUUACAUUUUUUGAGACGAGAAGUCGGGUUUCAUUUAAUGGCUUCUGGGCAUCCUAAUGUGGUUAGAUUGAUAAGGUUGGUAGAAGAGAAAAAUUUGAUUUAUGUGGUUAUGGAAUAUGGAGAGGAAGGUGAUUUGUAUGGUAUGAUUACGGAUGAGCAAAGGUAUAUAGGAAACGAACCUCUCAUCCGACUUGUUUUUCUUCAACUUAUCGACGCCCUGAUCCAUUUACAUUCCCUCAACAUAGCACACAGAGAUAUAAAACCAGAAAACAUAGUCUGUUCCAAUUCCGGUACAAGAUUGCGUAUUUGUGAUUUCGGUUUAGCGACAUCUGAAAAUCAUUCAACUGAAAUGGGUUGUGGUUCAACUUUUUAUAUCGCACCGGAACGUUUAGGUCAAUGGUCCCCAUUUCGAAAUUCUUAUCCGACGAAACAAGGUGAUAUUUGGAGUUUGGGUAUAAUUUUAAUAAAUUUAGUUUGUGGUAGGAAUCCAUGGAGGAUAGCAUCACCUAAUGAUGAAUCUUUUCAAAGUUAUUUGGAUGAUCAUCAAUUUUUGAAAAAGAUUUUACCUUUGAGUGAAGAAUGUUUCAAGGUUUUAGAAAAAGUUUUUGUUGUAGAUCCUUUGAAAAGGAUCACGUUGUUGGAUUUAAGGGAAGAGAUUUUGAAGAUUGAAAGAUUUGGAAUGACGGAGAAGGAAGUUGUUGAAGCUCAUUUGAAAGCUCAACAA